AUGAGCGCGGAGCCAUUCUUUGAAGGCGCGCUUGCAAAUUUCAGGUAUUGGGCUCGAUUAUUUUGGCAAGUGUUAUGCGUUGUAACAAAUCUAUAUAAAGUGACACUUCUGGAACACUAUAUCGUAAUCCCAAAUAAUGUAUGUAGAAUAGAAAAAAAAAUAUAUGAAAAAAUGAAUAGAUCAUACACAGACGACAUGAAUAGCAGCUCUCCAAAUUACCUGACAACAAGGACGUUUAGAAUCUUUAGAUUGUUUGCAAUAAUUUUUGCACUGCUUUUGAUAGCGUACUCUUUAUUUCUGAGCACUCUAAAAACAGGCUCUAUACCUGAUCGUGCCAACACUGUUACUUUAAUGCGCCGUGCCAGGUGGUCAUUUGGGACUGGAUUAGGACUAGGAGGAUUUGUAAUUGCUGCAGCCGCUUAUGCUACUCCUUACUGGGUCGCAGCAAUCUGUCUCGCAACUGCUAGCGAGGUGUGUGCACCUAUAGCUGGUGCUGUUUUGGCGACAGCAGCGGUUAUUGUCGCAGCAGUUUUAGUGGGAAAGAGUUCGGGCUCGGCAACAAAGCGAGGGUUAACUAAGACUAUUAGCGUACUGAAUCAUACCAUAACAUUCACCGAUCAUAUACUCAAUGGUCAGACGUUGUCUAAUGGUACUGGUAGUAAUUUUGUUACAAUAGGAUUCAGCGGGUAUGCAGUACAUGACACUAUCAAACGUGACAGCACUACUGAUAUCAAUUUCGUGGGAUAUACCACAGAGCAUGGAACCCACAUUAGCACGAGUAGCGUACAUAAUGUGAGCAGUCUCAUCGAUAAAAUUGUGGCAGCGGUACCAGGGGUCCCUGAUACAGGUGGUAAUGCUUCUGCUCUAUCGUUUCAGAAACGCAGUCAGGAGUUCGCUACCUCAUGGAUAUCAAUGACAUAUGAUCAGAGUUAUGGUGACCUUGCGCAAACGUGGCAAAAUGACGAAGGCGGAGCAGGAAAUUUUGAUUCUUAUGCGGAAGAGGAGUUACAGAAUUUCUUUUCAGGUAAUAGAGACUGGAAGUACUGCUUUGCUGCUGAGGACACGAAGAGUGGUGAGCCAAUUGAUUACGAUGACAUACCUGGUGACGGUCCAGGCACGGGUUCGGCAUUCAAAUUGGAGAUAUAUUUCAACACUUACGGUGGUAUAGAUAAUUAUUGUAAUGACGAGCAUAUCGGUGCUCAGAACACUGGAGAUGGUCGAUAA